CUACGUAACCGCCGCGUCUCCCUAGCAACCGUGUCUCUAAUGGCCGCCGGAAGAGGCUUCGAUCACGUGCCCGGCGGAUUUCCGGGUUUGCAACGUGACUUCCGGUUGUCAGAAUUUCUCCAGACGCUGGGGCGGCGGCGGCGGCGGCGGCGGCGGCGGCGGCGGCGGGGGUGGCGAAGCUGUGUGGUCCGAGGUCGCGGUGGCCCCAGUGCUGGUGGACUCCGGGUGGGCUCGCCUCAUCCUGCCCCGUGUGCCAUGCAUCCGCGGCGCCCCGACGGAUUCGAUGGCUUGGGCUAUCGGGGUGGUGCCCGGGAUGAGCAGGGCUUUGGCGGCGCUUUCCCUGCAAGGUCCUACGGCACCGCGUCGGACCUGAGCCACUGGGUGACCACUCCCCCGGACAUCCCAGGGAGCCGCAACCUGCACUGGGGCGAGAAGAGCCCGCCCUACGGUGCGCCCGCCCCCGCCACCCCGCCCGAGGGCCCCGCGGAGGAGCCGUUUCCCGGCGGCGGCGGCGGAGUGCCGGGCCAGAGCAGCGAACAGUUGAAUAGAUUUGCUGGAUUUGGGAUUGGACUUGCAAGUCUCUUUACAGAAAAUGUACUGGCCCAUCCUUGCAUUGUUCUCCGCCGCCAAUGUCAGGUUAAUUACCACGCUCGACAUUAUCAUCUCACUCCAUUUACAGUCAUCAAUAUUAUGUACAGCUUCAACAAAACUCAGGGACCAAGGGCCCUUUGGAAAGGAAUGGGAAGUACAUUUAUUGUCCAGGGAGUCACACUUGGAGCAGAGGGAAUAAUCAGUGAAUUCACACCUUUACCAAGGGAGAUUUCGCAUAAAUGGAAUCCUAAACGAAUAGGAGAGCACCUUCUACUGAAAUCCCUAACCUAUGUGGUGGCAAUGCCUUUUUAUUCAGCAAGUCUAAUUGAAACAGUACAGAGUGAGAUAAUUCGAGAUAAUACUGGAAUUUUGGAAUGUGUUAAAGAAGGAAUUGGAAGAGUGAUAGGCUUGGGAGUGCCUCAUAGCAAACGACUGCUGCCGCUGCUCUCCUUGGUCCUCCCUACGGUGCUGCACGGGCUUCUUCAUUACAUCAUCAGCUCAGCCAUUCAGAAGUUUGUCCUACUGAUUCUGAAGAGAAAGACUUGUAACAGCCACCUAGCUGAGAGCACUAGCCCGGUACAGAGUAUGCUGGAUGCUUAUUUUCCAGAACUUAUUGCUAACUUUGCUGCCAGUCUUUGCUCUGAUGUUUUACUUUACCCACUGGAAACAGUUUUGCACCGCCUUCACAUUCAAGGAACACGCACAAUAAUUGACAACACAGACCUUGGCUAUGAAGUGCUUCCAAUUAAUACACAGUAUGAGGGGAUGAGAGACUGUAUCAAUACCAUAAGGCAGGAGGAAGGAAUGCUGGGUUUUUAUAAAGGGUUUGGUGCUGUUAUAAUACAGUACACACUGCAUGCAGCUGUUUUACAGAUUACCAAAAUUAUUUACUCUACACUUCUUCAAAAUAGUGUUUGAGAUUUAGGUUCCUGGACAGUCUAAAAGACAUAAUCUGGAUACUUUGUUAUGAAAUUAUGAAGGACAAAAGUGAAAUACUGGAGGGGGAUAUGGAUUAGAAAGUGAAACUGGUAGAAAAAGCCCAUGCUAAUUACAUUGACUCUUCCCUUUUUUUUUUUUUUAAGACAGGUAUAUAUUUUGGAUCAAAAGUAUUCCAAAUUUGAAAAUUCAAUAAAAAUAACACUCAUGAAUUAAAUUCUAACUAGUAUAGCACUCAUGCUGAGCUAAAAAUGAUGUUGGGCAGAAGCAAAAAUUUGUCAACAAACAUAUAACAAAAUUUCACAGAGCUGAAUUUAUUCCAUCUGACUUUAACACUUUUCACGUUAUUGCACCUUCUAGAUUGACAUUGGUAUGUCAUCCUUAAUAUUAUGUUAUCAAUGAAAAAGACGAGAAGGAUUAGAUUUGACAAGCUAUAAGCAGGAGUUGAAGCAUUUUAAAUUGCAUUGUCCCCAUAUAGCUUUUUAAUGGCUGUAUUAUUGUAUAAAGCCAUUUAUGUACACACAUAUAACUUGGAAUUCCCUUCAUCCUCACAAACUUUCCACUCUUAGAUCAGCUUAUUGCAUAAAAUGAAGUCAUGUACUUUCUGCUUUAUUAUAAAACAUUAAAAGCCAAGGUACCCAAAAGAUUUAAGGCAAACAGCAUACUUGUCCAUAUCCAAACCCAGCAUUUCAAUGCCAGCACCUUAAAAUUCAUCAUAUGUUUAUAAAGUUUAAUUUGCCUACCUAGUUAUGCGAAUUAUGAGGCUGUUUUUCAAGCCGCUCUUAACAGAGAUAGAAUAUAAAAUAAUCAUGACAACCAUUACUGUUUACACAUUUACAAAUUGUGCACUAAAGGAACGUCACUUGCCUUUCAUUUCUGAAUGACUUGUCUUUAAAGGAGACACAAUUAAAAUUCACCUGGGAAUUUAUGCCUCUUGCCUUCCGUAUAGUCAUCAUUAAAUAAUGGCUUCAGUUUUUAUUUUCUUCCAGUUUUUGUUUAUAGUUUUGCUCUCCAAACUACAUAUACAUAAAGGGGAAAGCAGGUUCAUCCUUAUUGCCUUUUAUUUAGACUUGUUUGGAUGAAUAUUGAAGAAAAAGUACAAACCUUAAAGGAAGUUUAUCCUUGCUUUUUAUGAAUGAGGAAAAGAAGUAAAUUUCAACAAAUAGCAAGCAAAAAAAUUGUUAAUUGUUAAAAAAAUUCUGUCUGUUCCUCGAUUGAAUUUGGUAGUGAGGCUCUUUGUCUAGUAAAACGAUAGGCAUUUGACUGAUCCAUCAUCGAACAUUUUAAAGUUUCAUUUCCUCCUGUGAUGAGUGAUCACAGUUUUACUGUGAACCGUUUAGCACACUGAGGUGUGAUGACUUUUGCACUGAUGUUGUCCAACCUAGGAUGCAUACAAACUGAGAUUUAUUGUACUUGCUAAAUGUCGGCGAAAUGAUUACUUUUUGUGAUUAAUAAUGUUGGAACCAAAAAAUGAAAUCCAAAAAGUGUGAAACGGAAUAUAAGUAGCAACUCUCUCCACUAUCUUGUGUUGUGUGUGUGUGUUUAAUUACUAAAACACUAAGUAUUCCGUUUUUAAAUUCUACCAAGAGCGGGGAAAUAAAAUUAAACAGCACUGAUCACGUUGUAGUUUAUGGUUACUCUUUUAGAUUUUGGUUUACUUUGUCCAAGCUGCGGCAUUUAAACCGUUUGCAUUGCUUUUGAACUGCUAAGUAAAUUUUUAGAUGAUUAUAAUAUGUCCAGCUUCCUAAAAACCUUUCAUUUUUAUUGUAAUCAAAAAAGAAGAUGGUUUCAGACAAGAGUAACCUGAAAAUUUCUAGAACAGGAUACGAAUGGAAUCAAGUGCUUACUAGUGGAAAUCUCUGGGAUCCUUUAUCUAGCUAACAAUUAGAUAUUUCAAGAUUAUUUGAUGGAAAUUAGCAUGAAGAUUCAGUUACAUAAAUCUUUUUCAUUAUGGGAUUAUUACAUGACUGAUAGGCUGAACCACACACAAGUAAGGUUGGUCUUAUCUUCUCUCUUUGAAGAAAGAAUACAAAGUAACUUUAAAAAUUGAAAUGUGGCAAGUAAAAUACUAAUUUUUUUUACUGCCAUUCCAAAUUAGUUGAAAUAAAAUCUCUAAAUUAAGUGCUGGCCAAAUAUGUUUUACUGAGUUUAGAAAGGAAUAAGUGAAAUAAACAUUGGGCAUGCUAUUUCUCUCUUUUAAAAGUGUUGUAUUUCUUUAGCGUAUGGGUGCCAAAAUCGAAUUUCCAUGGGCCACAUUUCUUAAGAUGAUAAUAGAUGAAUAAGGUUCUGAUAGAAGGUUCCACGGGCCCACUGGUCCUCUCACAUAAGCCACAUCUGGGCCAUGGAGCUGAAGUGUAAUAUGCUUGCCUUACGUUGUAAGGUUUCUUAAUUUGAGUUGAAUAGUCUGAAAGCAAUUGAAUUAAAAACUGAAACACCUGGUAAAUAUUAAGUUACUAUGUUAAGUGAAUUUAUUAAUUGAUUUACAAAAUCUGUUAAUAAACUUCUUUCCCUUGAGACACCCUUCUCUAUUCUAUGGGACCUUGAAAAAUAAUCCCCAGGUUUAUAAAAUUUAUUCAAGCCUCCAAACGCCCAGCACUAGAUGUCCUAAAUAUGAAAUAGUAAAAACAAGCUAAUUUCAAAAUGGCUAUGGAUUGGGGAUUUGAUCAUUUAGCCAGUGUUUUCAGAAGCAAAACUGGAGCAGUGGGAGGUCUUGCCCACUUUUGCAGACCUACCUGACUAUUCACGGCUGUCUUUUCAGCACUGGCUUUGUUAGAACCACACAAAGCACUCACUUUCCUGAUUGGGCACAAAUGCUUCAUAUUUCUAUCUGUGCACAAAUAUUUCUAUCUGUGUAUUCAUACAUCUGCUCAGAAAAUAAAACAUGUUGCUUCGAUAGGUGUUUUUUCAACUGAGAUUGUGGAGGAUGUUUGCCCUCAGUUUGCUCACUCGAUCUUUUGGAACACAAAAGACUACUCUGCCAGCUCUUGAAAAGAUAGCCACAUUUGAAUUAAUUAUUUCAAUAAUAUACAAGCAAAAUCCCUUUGGUGACAAUUCACAUUGCACUAGAAUUUGAGUGAUACUUGGCAUUUCUGCUUUCUCUUCUUUUUCAAAUAGUACAUUGCACUGUCUCUAAUAUAAACUGGAUCUGUGAUGUCUGUCUUUUGAAUCAUUGCGUAUCAUUAAUAUGGUACCAAGAUGUAUAGCAAAGUAACAAAAACUUGUGAUUUGGCAAUGAAUCUUAUACAAUAUUACCUCAGCUAGAAGAGGUGUUUUAUCUGUUUGUUUUGUUUUGUUUAAGUUUUUUUGUCUCACUGGCAUUUUAAAUGUUUUCAGUAAAUUGUGUAAUAUGAAAAAGUUCAAUAAAAUGUUGAAAUAAAACCAA